UGCCCAUUGCCUCGCUUUUCUAGCUAUGUCCUGAACUCCUGACCUGUUCCCUUCUGACUUAUUGUCUCAAUAUUCCCUCAAUUUUGUGUUUAAUUGUUUCGUCUUGUGUGAUCCAUUCAAUAUUCAAUCUCUCGAUGUAUCACCAACUUUAAGAUACACACCAUUGUGGUAUAUCACAGCAUGGAGGAUGAUAUAUUUGUCCUACCACAAUUUCAUGAAGUAACCAGCGAUGACUCUCAUCUUGAAAAUAGUUUGAAUGCGGAAAAUGUAAACAGGAAUUCAACUUUGAAGGAUGAUAUGAAUGCUGACCAUAACACCUUACAUCAAAGAAAAAGACUGAAGAAAACUCUCAUCCCUCAAGAAAUACAUGAUCCAGAUGAACCUGGAUCAGAUUAUGACAACGAAACUGUAGCAGAGACCAAAGUUAGAAAGUGUCGAAGGAAAGCCAUCAAAUCAUCAAAAGAGCAUCUGCAUCUGAAGUGUGAAUGGAGACAGUGUGAUUAUGAAAGUGAAAACUUAGAUAAUUUUGUUCUGCAUGUCAGUCACCAUAUUCCGCACCUCAGACUGCGCUUUAAUGAGGAAAAUGAAGAGGUCUUUGUUUGUGAUUGGAAAGGUUGUGAUUAUGAAACUGGUAAUCCCUCAGACGUAGUCAGACAUGUGAACUUCCAUUCCUUCCAUACAAAACUUAAAUGCAUUGGAUCUAACUUGAAAAAUAGAGAAAAAUUACCUACUUGCCAGUAUAGCUCGGACAAUCCAAACAUCCUUCCAGAUUUUACCGAGCAGAUGGACUGCAUGUGGGAUAACUGCACAAGAAAGUUCAGCAAUAUCCAAACAUUUCAUUAUCACAUCAUUGCUCAUGUCAACGCCCUUCCUCCAGGCAACAAUCUACCUGUUGCUGAAAAUUGUCGCUGGGAACAAUGCACAAAGUCAUAUUUCUCUCGACAUCAUUUGCUUAACCAUAUGAAGAAGCAUACGCACGCAAAAGUGGUAGGAUGCCCAGACUGUGGCAGUGCCUUUUGUAGCAAUACCAAGUUCAGAGAUCAUUGCCAAAGACGAAUUUCGAGCGAGGUCCAAGAUUAUCAGUGCUCCCACUGCAGUAAAUUCUAUUCUACAGAACGCAUACUACGUGAUCAUAUGAUUUCGCACAUCAAUCAUCACAAGUGUCCAUUUUGUGACAUGACUUGUCCAUAUGAAUACACGUUAGCAGCACACAUUCGGAACAAGCACAUCCCUGAUAAGCCAUUUAAGUGUCAGAUGUGUGAUUACAGUUGCAAAACUCAGACCGAUCUCAAGAAACACCUCUACCACACCCAUGAAACAGAGCCAUUUCGGUGUCUGGUGGCCGACUGUGAUUUCCAGUGUAAAAGAAACAUCACUCUUCAGCGUCAUUACGCCAAAAUUCAUUGUGGUGAACCAUUCAGAAAAUACGCUUGUCAUGUUUGCCACCACAAGUAUAAUCACGGAGAAUGGCUAACAAAGCAUUUGAUCCAAAAUCAUGAUUUUCACUGGCCACCUGGCUUCUCCCGCUUCAGGUAUAAGCAAGAUGAAGAUGGAUUCUACAGGCUACAAACAGUGCGUUACGAAAGUAUAGAAGUCACGCAAGCCAUGCUGGAGACGGAGUCAAAUUUAGUGUCGAGCAUUGAUGAAAAUAAAUGUUUGCGACUAGGGAAAAUCGAGCACACAAGCACUGGUGCCAAGCUUCGAAUAGAGCUGGAUUCUGAAGAAGGAGAGUCGGUCCCGCAAUCAGAACAAGAGACUGCUAAUGCUCCCAAUGAAAGGGUGAUUGCAAUUGAGGAACUAGAUUCUGAAGGCAAUGUUGUAAACACAAGCACUGUUAUAGAAGAAAUCUCCUCAUUGCCAUUAGAAGGAAUACUGAUUGAUGCCGCAACGCAUGAUAGCUGAUGAUAAGUCUUUUUCAUUACCUAAGUACUUUCAGCUUAAGAGUUCAUGAAGAGCAACCAAAAGAAAAAAUCUGCACCAUUAUCUUGUCACCCCCUCUUGAUUUUAUAUUUAACGAUUGAAGUUUAUAUGCAGCUUUAAGGGCACGCCUCUGUAUCCAUUGCAGGAGUGAGGAUCUAUGCUGAUUUUGGGAAACGGUUCUACCUCUAACUUAUAAAGUAUACUUGGAAUUGGUCAAGUAUUUGGAACUGGUUCCACCUUUCCAUUACAAAUGAAGUUCGCAAAAAAGGAGGAUUGCUUAUGCACAAUUCUAGUCAUUAGAUCUUUUCCGGAUUUAAGUUCUAGAAAUAUGGAUUAUACUUGAUUGGAAUUUCGGAUGUCGUAACAUUCAAUACAGGGGGAAAA